UUUUGACAUUUAUUUUAUGUUUCCCGAAAUGUUGAAUGUUGCUUUGUGCUAUUUCUUGUAAGAUUAUUUAAUAUUUAUUGAACUAUGGCUGAAUAUUUAGCUUCUAUCUUCGGUACAGAGAAAGAUAAAGUAAACUGUUCGUUUUACUUCAAAAUCGGUGCUUGCCGACAUGGAGAUCGAUGCUCAAGAAUCCACAACAGACCCACUUUUUCCCAAACCUGCUUGCUACAAAACUUGUACGUAAAUCCACAGAACUCUGCUAAAUCUGCCGAUGGAAGUCACUUGGUGGCUAAUGUGUCUGAUGAGGAGAUGCAAGAACAUUACGACAACUUUUUCGAGGACGUUUUCGUUGAAUGCGAAGAUAAAUAUGGCGAAAUCGAAGAAAUGAAUGUAUGCGAUAAUCUUGGAGACCAUUUAGUAGGGAAUGUUUACAUCAAGUUCCGCAGAGAAGAAGAUGCUGAGAGAGCUGUAAAUGAUUUAAACAAUCGCUGGUUUGGUGGUAGACCUGUUUAUGCCGAACUCAGCCCCGUAACAGACUUUAGGGAAGCGUGCUGUCGUCAGUAUGAAAUGGGCGAAUGUACUCGUUCAGGAUUCUGUAAUUUUAUGCACUUGAAACCGAUUUCAAGGGAGUUAAGAAGAUAUCUGUAUGCGCGUAAGAAAGGAGGAAGGACUACGAGUGCUCGUGAUCGUUCAAGAUCGCCAAGGAGGGCACGUUCUCGCUCUAGAGAAAGAAGGGGGAACAGCCGUUCUCCCAGUCGUCGUAGGAGUGGUAGAUAUUGAUUCGGUUUUGUCUUUUUUAUCAAGAAAUUGUUUGAUGUAAUUGAAACAUUUUCAAGGCUUAUAUUUUAAUACUAUUUAUGAAUAAGUUUAAAAAAUACAAACUACAUUAAUUGUAUCUUGAAACAGCAUUUUAUAAAUUAUCAUUUCUUGGUCUAAUAAAAUGAUUGAUUACAUAGUAAAA